CGUGCGCUUAUAACCAGCUUAUAACCAAUAACGCCGUCAUACUCUGGUGUGGUCCGGUCCGGUCCGGCAUGAAUUUACGAAUUAUCGAAUAAUAGAGAAAAUAGCACAAUAAAAAAUUGUGUAGAGCGUUGUAUAAUUAAAGUCGCUGCAUAAUAAUGCGAGAGAUUGAAAAAUGUAUUAGCAUUCCAAAUAUUCAUCCUAGACAUUUUUCAUAAAAAGCAUUGAGUUAAAUUGAAAUAAAUUUUGUUUAGAUAAAAUAAUUAAGAUGAGUAAAUUCCAAAGAACACAUUAUCGUAUGUCCGCAAAACAUCUUGAUCCAAAAAGCUUGACUUUUUGUGUUUAUACCAGUGAUGACAUAAGAAAUUUAAGUGUGAAAAAAAUUACUACUCCUGAUUCUUUUAACAUGCUCGGACACCCAUUAAUUGGUGGACUGCAUGAUCCUGCUUUGGGACCACUCAAUGAAAAUUCAGAUCCUUGCCGAACUUGUAGUAGAAAUGUUUUCAGAUGUUCUGGUCACUUUGGACAUAUUGAUUUACCGAUGCCAGUUGUCAAUCCUUUAUUCCAUAAGUCUUUGCAAACAAUAUUAAAGUUGUCAUGCUUGAGUUGUUUUACACUACAAAUUCCUGCUCAUGCAAAACUGACACUUUCUGCAAAAUUAAAAUUAUUGCAAGAUGGUUUAUUUGGAUAUUUAGAAGGCUUGGAUCAGCAAGUUAAAGAUGUUUUGCCAGCUACUGGAAAUAUAGAUGAAGCCCAUGUACUCAUCAUCCGAGAUGCGAUAGAUAGUUACAUACAAAAUGUAUAUAACAUAGAAAGGUUUAAAAUAGAGUAUAAUUCAACACACAGAGCCAGUCUUAAUACAAAAAAUACCAACAUGGAAUGGCACGUUUAUAUUGAUAGUUUUUUAAAGCAAUACAAUGUUGGCAAAGUAUGCAUUUACUGUUGUCAACCAAUAGCAAAAAUAACUGUUUUGAAAAAUAGAAUAAUAUCAUCAAGACCAGUUUUAAUUGAAGAUACCAGAGGUAGUAAUCAUGGAACAAUUCAAAAGCAUGAGACAAUUAUUAUUAUGCCAGAUCAGUCAAAAGGAUAUUUGCAAAACUUAUGGCAAAAUGAAAAAGAAACUCUUAGAGUCAUUAUCCCGUGUUUAGACAGCGUAACAAUAGAAUAUCCUACAGAUAUAUUUUUCUUCAAUGUAGUGCCUGUUUUACCUCCCAUAGUUCGUCCUGUGAAUUAUCUAAAUGGUCAGAUCAUUGAACACCCACAAACUCAAAUAUACAGAGCCAUUAUUAUGAUCUGUCUUACAUUGAGAAACAUUAUACAGGCAAUUCAAGAUGGGGACACAAAUCGCCUUCCAGAAGCUGGUAAAAUGGUCUACAGUAACACACAGGGUAACACUGCAAUAGAAAAGCUCCAUAAUGCGUGGCAAGAGCUACAAGCCAAUGUUGAUCACUUGAUGGAUCGAGAUCUAAGUAAAACAUCAGAGUCUGCCAAUUGUCAAGGAUUGAAGCAAAUUAUUGAGAAGAAGGAAGGUGUGAUUCGUAUGCACAUGAUGGGCAAAAGAGUAAAUUUUGCAGCCAGGUCUGUCAUUACUCCUGAUCCUAAUUUAAAUAUUGAUGAGAUUGGUAUAGCUGAAGCCUUUGCUAUAAAACUUACAUAUCCCGUACCCGUAACACCAUGGAAUGUCGCCGAAUUGAGGCAAUUAAUUUUAAAUGGACCAAAUGUACAUCCUGGAGCUGUGAUGAUCGAGGGAGAGGAUGGAUUUGUUAAAAGAUUGGAUCCCGAUAAUUACACACAGAGAGAAGCAUGUGCCAAACGUUUGCUUGUAAUGAAAGAUGGAGUAAGCAAAGGAGGCACAGUGAAUAUUAAAAUUGUUCACAGACAUCUUCAAAAUGGAGACAUACUUUUGCUGAAUCGUCAGCCGACCCUUCACAAGCCUAGUAUUAUGGCACACAAAGCUCGUAUACUAAAAGGAGAAAAAACUCUACGACUUCAUUACGCCAAUUGCAAAGCUUACAAUGCUGAUUUUGAUGGUGACGAAAUGAACGCUCACUUUCCCCAAAACGAAUUAGCCCGUGCUGAAGGAUACUACAUUGCGAAUGUGUCGAGACAGUAUUUGGUACCAAAAGAUGGAACUCCACUUAGUGGUUUGAUUCAGGAUCACAUGAUUGCCGGAGUGAAAUUGACGCUUCGAGGAACUUUCUUUCCUAUGGAAGAUUAUAUGCAGCUUGUAUUCUCGGCUUUGUCGGUUAUUCAAGGUAACAUCGUUUUGCUGCCUCCGUCUAUCAUUAAACCCAUUCCAAUGUGGUCCGGAAAGCAAGUAGUGUCGACAAUUAUCAUCAACAUCAUUCCUCGAGGAAGCGUCUUGAUCAAUUUGAAUGCCUCGGCUAAAAUCGGAGUACAAGAGUGGCAGGUCAGAAAACCUCGAGCUUGGAAAGCUGGCGGCACUGCCUUCCCUCUAAAUUCUGUAAUUAUGUCCGAGGCUGAAGUUGUUAUCCGUAAUGGAGAAUUAUUGUGUGGAAUUCUCGACAAAAAGCACUAUGGCGCUACUCCUUUUGGUCUUAUACAUUGUGUGUUUGAGUUGUACGGAGGUGAUACUUCGAGCAAACUUUUAAGCGCGUUUGGAAAAGUUUUUCAAUCGUACUUACAAAUGAUUGGAUUCACCUUAGGUAUCCAAGAUAUUUUGGUGAAAAAGAAAGCAGAUGACAAGCGAACUGACAUCAUACGAAAAUGCCGUCAACAAGUUUCCGCUGAAAUUCAAAGACAAGUACUUGAAUUACCAGAAGAUACGCCAGAAGAAAUUGUAGCAGCAAAAAUGGAAGAGAACUAUUGGAGUAAUCCCAAAUUUCGCGCUCGAGUUGACAGAAAAUACAAGUCAAUUUUGGACGAGUAUACUAACAGCAUUAACAAAACUUGCUUACCCGCUGGUCUAAUCAAAUCUUUCCCGGACAACAAUUUGCAGUUGAUGGUACAAUCUGGAGCUAAGGGUUCAACUGUAAAUACUAUGCAGAUUUCUUGCCUCUUAGGUCAAAUUGAGUUGGAAGGCAAACGACCUCCAUUGAUGAUUAGUGGUAAAAGUUUGCCAAGUUUCCGGCCGUAUGAUCCAACACCAAGAGCUGGAGGUUUUAUCGAUGGCAGAUUCAUGACAGGAAUUCAACCACAAGACUUCUUCUUUCAUUGUAUGGCUGGUCGUGAAGGUCUUAUUGACACUGCUGUAAAAACCAGUCGGUCUGGUUAUCUGCAAAGGUGUUUGAUCAAACAUAUGGAGGGAUUAAUGAUCAAUUAUGAUGCUACGGUUAGAGAUUCAGAUGGCAGUCUUAUACAAAUAUAUUACGGCGAAGAUGGAUUAGACAUUCUCAAGUCACGAUUUUUGAAUGAACAACAAUUUGAAUUUCUAGUCGAAAAUAAAAAUGCAAUUGCGGAUGAUAAUCUUUUGAAACACUUGAAAGCUAAUUUCCAAACUGAAGCUAUUGCUAAGCAAGUUAAGAAAAUUAAUAAAUGGAAGAAGAAAAAUGGUGAUCUAUUAGCAAAAAGACGCACUAGCGAAUUUUCUAAAUUUUCUGCAGACAAUAACAACUAUAGUCAUAGGAAAAAUACAGAAAUCGUUCCUGACUAUGGCAGAUCAAAGGCAUCUUUGUCAUUGAUGAAAAAAUGGAUAAGAGCUAAUGACGAGACAAAGAAAAUGUAUAAACAACAGAUAAUUAAAAGUCCUGAUCCAUUAACCGCGAAGUAUAGACAAGAUCUUAAUUUUGGAGUUUUACCCGAAAAACUUGAAGCGUUAAUCGACAAAUAUUUAGAGAAAAAGUCUACCUCCUUCACUACAUAUAUUGGAAAAGAAGAGCUGAGAGAUGUUUUAUGUGCUAAAUUUAUGAACACGCUUUGUCCUCCUGGUGAACCAGUUGGAUUAUUAGCUGCACAAUCUAUUGGAGAACCCUCAACACAACUAACUCUAAACACUUUUCAUCACGCUGGUCGUGGUGAAAUGAACGUGACACUUGGUAUUCCUAGAUUGCGAGAAAUCCUGAUGAUGGCAUCUAAGAAUAUUAAAACUCCUAGUAUGGAAAUUCCUUUUAAAAAGUUGGAAGAUUUAGAAAAGCAAUCAAAGAAUCUAAAAUUGAAAUUGACAAAGUGCUAUGUAGCUAACGUGUUAAAACAAAUUAAGGUUGAAAGAAAGUUAGUGCACGAUCCUGAGCGUCAAAUGCAGUACACGAUAACCGUUGAAUAUUUACCUCAUAAGUAUUACAAGAAUGAGUUCAUUGUAAAUCCCAAGGAUGUCAUAGCUAAAACCGAAAAUAUAUUCUUCAAAGAAAUAUUCCGAGAAAUAAAAAAAUCCGCUAAAGCAUCUGGUUCGACGUUGUACUUCAAAGAAGAUAAAAUUAUGACAAAAGCAGAAAACUCUAAAUUGGAUGAAGAGGAAGUCGUUGAAGACGAGUUAAAAUCUCAUAAACGAUUCGAUAUAGGUGAAAUGCAUGAAUCAUCCGAUGAAGAGGAAAUUACCGAAGACGCGGAUGCGACAAUAGCGAGAUCCGUUUCAAGACAUCAAGAGAAUCGCGAGUAUGAUGAUCCCGAAGAGGGCGAAGAAGAACCAGAAGAAAUCGAUGAAAAUGAAGCAGAACCGAUUGAAAAUCGAGUGAUAAAUCGUGAUGAGGACAUUGAUGAUAUGGUAACGACUGGACAAUUUAUUAAUAGAUCAGAGUACGAGCAAAGAAAGAUAGAUGUAGUUAAUAUGUAUGUACAUGCUAUUGAUUACGACUACGACGUUGAAAAGAAUUAUUGGUGUAAAUUGAAAUUUUGGUUACCUAUCAAAAUGACAAAACUAGAUCUAUCAACAAUACUUCGUAAUGUAGCUAAUAAAGUUGUAUUGUGGGAGACCCCAGCUAUAAAAAAAGCGUUUAUUAUUGAGAAAAAAGAAAAAGGCAGUGAAAAAGAAACAAUUUUAAAAACCGAUGGCCUUAACAUUGUGGAAAUGUUUAAGUAUGAUAACAUUUUAGAUUUGUAUAGAUUGUAUUCAAACGAUAUUUAUGGAAUAUCUCAAACUUAUGGAAUCGAGGCGGCAAAUAGAGUAAUAAUUAAGGAAGUAAAAGAUGUAUUUAAAAUGUACGGUAUUACAGUGGAUACAAGGCAUUUAUCAUUAAUAGCGGACUAUAUGACCUAUGAUGGGCGAUUCCAACCAUUGAGUCGUAAAGGUAUGGAAGAUUCAGCUUCGCCACUUCAACAAAUGAGCUUUGAAAGUUCUCUCAAUUUUUUACGAAAUGCGACAAUACAAGCUAAACACGACGAUUUAUCGUCUCCAUCAAGUCGAUUAAUGGUCGGUCAACCAUGUAAAGCUGGUACUGGUGCAUUCACACUAUUGCCCGAUAUUCAACGUCAACUUCAAAAUUCAAGACCUUUGACUACCAUGAGUUGAUAAU